AUGACUUCCCGCAAGCGCUCUGCAGAGGACUCGGUGGCCCAAUCCAAGAAGGCCAAGACAGGCAGAUCCCUUGUGCCGCCCCAGACUGAUGACAAUGGUGAUAAGUUCUGGGAAGUCUCGAAGAACCGUCGCGUCACCCUCUCCAAUUUCCGCGGCAAGAACAUGGUCAGCAUCCGUGAAUACUACGAGAAGGAUGGCAAGGCUCUUCCCGGCAAGAAGGGUAUCUCGCUCCCAAUGGAUCAAUUUUCCGCCUUCAUUACCCUUUUGCCCGAGAUUGAGGAAGCCCUCGUGGAGGCAGGAGAACAUCCUCCGCGGGCAAACUAUGAUCGCCCUGCCAAUGACAAUGAUGAGGAUGUUGAGGGUGGAACUGUGAGCCCUUCUAAGCAGAAUAUCGAAGAGACUAGUGAUGAGGAGGAGUAA